AGUAUGUGCGCUCUAUAGUAUGUGCGCUCUAUGGUGUGUGCGCCGGAAGCAUCUUAGAAACAGAGGCAGAGCUGUGGCGCGGGUAUUGUAUUUCAAGAGUGCUGGUGAGUGAUUUCAUGGCCUCGCGUUCUGCCGGCUCACUCAGCUUUACGUGCUAAAAGUAGGAAUGAAGAGCUUUUGACUGUCGUCCCGCAAAACAAAGCAUUUAUCCAGCAAAGAUGGACCAUGUAUUGAACCCUGAAGAAAAGGUGUCACAGACAAACUCUGAAUCAGGUGGUGCAGAUGGAGCCUUCCAACAUGUUAAAGGCGAACAUUCAAGUCCUAAAUUAUCAGCAAGUGAAAAAUCACUCCCUGGGAAUACAAAGUCACCGCUAAAAAGGAAAGCUGCUGAACCAGACUCUCCACCUAAGAGGCCUCGUUUAGAAGAAGGCCAUGGCUCCUUAGUUGUAACACAUUACAAUGAACUUCCAGAGACCGGAUUAGAAAUUCGUAGCCAGUCUCGUAUAUUUCAUCUGCGAAAUUUCAACAACUGGAUGAAGAGUGCUCUUAUAGGCGAGUUUGUAGAGAAGGUGCAGCAGAGGACCAGGAACAUCACUGUGCUUGAUUUGGGUUGUGGAAAAGGUGGAGAUUUACUUAAGUGGCGAAAAGGAGGAAUCAGUAAACUUGUAUGUACAGAUAUAGCAGAUGUCUCCGUCAAGCAAUGUGAGCAACGAUACAAAGACAUGAAAAGAAAAUCACGAAAUGAGCGGAUUUUUGAAGCAGAGUUUUUGACUUCAGAUUCUACCAAGGAGCUUUUAUCUGAAAAGUACAUUGAUCCAGAGAUCAAGUUUGACAUCUGCAGCUGUCAGUUUGUUUACCAUUACUCAUUUGAGACAUAUGAGCAGGCUGACACGAUGCUAAGAAAUGCUUGCGAAAGGCUGUGCCCUGGAGGAUUUUUCAUAGGCACAACUCCAGAUGGCUUUGAGCUGGUAAAGCGCCUCGAAGCUUCAGACACAAAUUCAUUUGGCAAUGAUGUGUAUACAGUCACGUUUGAGAAAAAAGGAAAAUACCCUCUCUUUGGAUGUAAAUAUGACUUUAGCUUGGAAGAGGUGGUUAAUGUGCCUGAAUUUCUGGUGUAUUUUCCAGUGCUGGUAGAAAUGGCUAAGAAAUAUCAGAUGAAACUAAUCUACAAGAAGACCUUUCGGGAGUUUUUUGAAGAGAAGGUUAAGAAUGACGAACAGAAAAUGCUGCUGAAAAGAAUGAAGGCUUUGGAGUCAUACCCUGCAGCUCCAAAUACAAAAUUGGUCUCUGGGAGGACUGAAGAUUAUGAACAUGCGCAAAAAAUGGUAGAAAAUGGUCAAAUCAAGUUACCUUUGGGAACUUUGAGCAAGUCUGAAUGGGAUGCUACAAGUAUUUAUUUGCUGUUUGCAUUUGAAAAGCAAGCCUAAACGAAAACUUCGUUCAGAGAAUCGGAACAAGUUUCGCAUUUGGAGCGAAAGAAAUUUUGGUUUUUUUUUUCUUUCUUUUUUGUAUUUGUGCAUUCAUGUAGUAAAAAUCCCGGUGCCAGUUAUACUGUAAAUACUUGUCUGCGAGAGGUUACCAGUAAGUACGAGUACAAGACGGCACAUUGCUAGGUAUUUUUUUACAUUAAUCUUAUAGGAAUAUUUCAUAUACUUGAUGAAAGAGAGCCCUAUUUCUUUGUAUGUAAAACAUGAAUGUAUAUUCUGCUGUUUACCUUGCUGUUUUCAUAUGUGAUGUUUUUAGGACUGGAGUGGUAUAGACUGUCAGCCGGUACAAGCAAAUUAUUUGGUUCUGUGAAUGUUUUACUGACCUUUGUGUACAUUUCAAAGCUGGUAUUUAUAAAAUAAUUUGAGUUUCCAGUAAAACAUUUUUAAAACUUUUAAUUUAUACAAUCUAGUUUAUUCAGAAUGGAUUGAGUGUACCACCUCCACAAGUCCGCAUUACUGUUCUGCAGUAUAUUUAAGGGUAAUUGGGUGCUAAUAAAAGCAAAUGUACCUUGGACAUGAUUUAAUGGUGAAUUCUGAGUCUGUUGUUCAGCAUGAAGCACACUAAAUAAAUGCAUUGCCACUCGGA